GCAACGGUUGCUUUUGUAGGUUAUGUUUGCCUUUGCGUUUGCGUUUGCAAAGUUUGAUUAAAAUUUUGUAACUUGUUACAUUUUUUUGUUUAUUUGUGUUGAGAAGUAGAAUUAACACUAUUACUUUGAUUAAUAAUCUAGAAUGACUUCACAUUCUGACGAUUGAUUAUUUUAUCCUUUGGUCAUGACGAAUCGAAAGGAAGGCGUCAAGAUUCAGAGUACGUUGUUCUGUGAUAGACAGAGUUCACUACCUCAAGUCACUAUCAAACGUCACUUUGCCACCUUUUCAAAGCCGAUCAACUCUUCAGUGUCUUGUACUACAAGAAGGCCAUCAUCUACAAACAAGUCGUCUACCAACGGAAGUCGUAUCAACGUGCCUUUGAUUAUCAAUGAGGAAACAACUACUCUCGCAGUCAACAAAAAAGUUUAUGGAUUGACUCAACCAAAUACUAGCAGAAGGAAACCCUCCUCAAGGAGCGUAGGCCUAUCCCGAAAAGAACCUGAUCGAACAUCAAAAGCCAGCAUCAGCAGUCCUCAACAAGCCAGUGCCUUCACCAGUAGACCAGCAUCUGUAGACAAACCAGUAGACAACACAACAUCUAAACCAGGAAGUUCAGUUCCUCAGAAAGAAAAUGUUGAGAUUCCUACGCAAGGAAUAUUUAUCUUGGAUACAGUAGGGCAUCAAUUAGCUUUCAUCGAGAACUCCUCGACAAAACCUCAUUCAGAAAAACAUCGCAAGACAGUUACCAAGAAAUUUGAACAACCUUCUCGCCUGGAUGAAAUUCGGAAAGUUGGUGCUUCAAGGAAAACUCUUUCCCAGAAAGAGGUAGACUCAACCAAAACCAGAUCCUGCGACCAUUUGCUACAAUAUGAAUUCGAACGAUCUUCGAAACCUUACAAUCCUAGCGAUUAUACCGAAAAAGAACUGAGUGUUCGUAGUGCUACUCACACUAAUCCACUUCAAAGAUUAAUUGGUUUGAGUGAGGAUAUGUUCCAGUCAACUUCCACGAUAAAUCUUCUAUUAUCACAAACAACUAACGAUCAUUUAGUGAACAAAAACUUUCAGAUUGAACCUGCAGAUGAGGAAAGGUUGAAUCGAUGUCUGAAAACAUUGGAGAACUUACCUGAACGAACUCAAAGUGAAGUGGAUCCUGAAAUAAGAAAAUAUAGUGCUGAAGAAAACUUUAGACUGAAAUCCGAUACGAAAUCUCCUGGAGAAAUUUCUACAAGAACUGAAGGAGUCCUCAUCGACCGAGAAACCACAAAUGCAGAGGUGAAAUUUGGCAGAGCAAGGAAUGAGAAGGAGCAGACUUUUAUAAAGGAUGAUUCAAGACAUGAAAGCGAGGACAGACUAGAUGGUACCAAGCUCAAUAUUAUAUCUUCAAAUAAUGGGAACAAACCGUCCUGUGUGAUGCCAUCUAAGACAAUUGGGAGAGAUUCAGCAGUACAUUCGAUGCAAAAUAACACUUCCACUAUGAACAAGAACCUCUAUCCAAUUGAUAAUUAUCUAGUGCCAGCAGUAAUUGGAAAGGGCAAUUAUUUACAGCUAUCGGAUUUUCGUGAAUCCACUUCAGUCGAGCAUCUUGCUGCACCUUCGAGUGGCACUCCAAGAAUGUCCGAGCCUAAAAAUGAGCAAUCCAAUCUCAAAAACCUCCCAAAAUCCAUGGGUCUUCGUCAAACAAAAUUUUCAACUACUGCAGAGAACUCACCGAAAACUCCAGAUAUACCCAAAUCGACAGAACGAGAAUCCAAAAUGGCGGAGAUCGAUCGCGCGAUGCAAGCCAUCAGAAAGCAGAUAAUGCAAAGUGAGAUGGAUAUUCUCAAAAUCCAAGCGGAGUCAAUAGUAAAGAUUGAUAGUGGGUUCAGUGGUUAUUCCAGUGGGAAAAAUCAAGGAGACCAAAAGGAUGUGACUUCAAAAAAUGACAAAAACAUGAUGUCUCAUCACGAAACCACGCAUGACUGCGCAUUCAAAACAAUCGCACCUCAAUCCACUUUUAUCACAUCUGAGAAAACAUGCCUCUGCUGCUCCAAGCCAAAGAAUUCCCCACCAAAUCACAAAAAUCCAGAAAUCAAAGGGAAAUCUUCCCACAGAGAUGAUCAUCAAGUUGAUAGAGGCAAUUCUUAUUAUUCUGAGAAGCACUCAACAAAAAACAACUAUCAACAAUUCUCCAAAGAAUCAAAUGAUUGCGCAAAAACGUCCAGAAAUACUCAUCAAUCAAAUCCUGAUAGUUUUAAUAGAGGUUUGGUAGAGAUGCAAAAUAAAAAUAGAGAAUAUAUUGAAAAGUUUGUCUCGCCUCAACCUAGCAGGAGUGAUUGUAGAUGGCAAGAUAAACUGAUGAGCAUGAACUAUUCUGGCCCUGAUAACGCAUUCGAAUUACACGAUUCAGAUGUUAAAAGUCAACUGAAUUUUAGAUGUUUUGAGGGAUGUGAUAGAUCACCUGAAGAAUUUAUCGAAAAUGAAGUACCUCAGUUGAUAGCCAAUACGAGGUCACAAAGUCGAUAUGGAUCCUCAGCAAGAUUGGACUAUUCAUGUGAAGUUGGAGAAGGCGAAGACAUCUGCUUAAGGAUGGAUAGAAGACGGAACGCAGAAAUCCACUGCUCCUUCCAACCAAAUGCGGCUGUACAUCGUGUUGUGAGUCGGGAAUCCUCGACAAGCGUAAAUAGUCAAUCAGAAAUUCACCUGACAAGCAACUCUAAGCUUAGCAGGCUGAAGAAAGCACUUCUACCAGGUGUCAACAUUCGUUCGGAACUGAGUGUACAAUCGGGGCCAACAAUUCACAUCCCAGCUGUUAGUAAAUUUUCUGUGUCUAGUGAGAAAAAUAAAAACGUUCUAUUGAAAGAAGUGGUUCAUGUGGAGACUGAGAGAGAAGUUAUUGUUUGUCCUCCUAGACAAGAAUUUGUCGAUAAUGGUAAAGUAGUGAAAAAUAAUGUCGCUGUUGGUAAAAAAUAUGAUGGUGGUAAAGCUGUUUGUGAUAAGAGACCUGAGGAUUCAAAAAAUGUAGGUGGAGAAUUUGUUCAUCUUCAAAUUCAAAAACCUAUGAAUACGAAGGUGGUUGAUAAACAUGUGGGGGAAGGUUUGAAUAAUAAUGAAAUACAAGAACAUUUGUACAAUGCUGUGAGAACGUAUUCCAACAAGUUGAAUUCUCAGAGUAGUACAAAAAUUCAAAAACAGCUGAGAGAAACACUCCAAGAGCUGAGCUUCAACAUUUCGCGUCUCUACAACAACCAGAUGAAUGAGUAUGUCCAGUGUGGGCGAAGCAGAGAUGUGCAGGCGCCUCUCUCUUACCGCAUGAAGGCUGUCGCCGAGUUGCUCUGGGAAGAACUGGAACUUCGCACUUAUCCCUCGGAGGAACACUAUUCACAAAUCGAGCAGAUCAUUCAUCAUCUAGUGCAUGAUCUAGAAGAUGCCAUCAAAGAGGAUGUGCCAUUCAAGGCAACAGCUAGAGAAAAUGUUUCAUUGAAAACGAAGAAGGCUCCAGUACACAUGAAGAACUCGCCACUCAAAAACAACCAUUUGGACUGUCGCAAAAAAUCGACUCAAUCGAGAGCUGGAGAAAAACCUGCGAAAAGUACAACUGAAAAGACUUUGACCACAAAGUUUACAUGCAGUUCUACUAGUGGUGUAGGUAGACGUUCUACUGCAGAGGGGAGUAAGCAACUUGAGAGACGAUUUGUGAAGCUUUCUACAACUCAAUCGAGACCCAACUUCAAGACGAACACUACCAGAACUAUCAAAACACCAGAGGGUAGAAAAAUGUUGACAGAUUUCAAGAGGAGUCGAUAUCCCAAUCAACCCGUACAAAAAAGACCAGUUUUCAUUGAAAGUCGAAAGGAGUCGGACAGGAACUACAGAGGAAGUCAAUUGGAAUAUAUUCCUGCACAGAAUCCAUUUCUUCGAGAUCCAGUAAAGAGCAAGCAAUCGCCCUCCAAGAGAACCCAAAUUUGUGAUGCUCCUCCAGUAGAGAACUCUGUUUUCCCUGAGUGUUCGAUAGGAAAUGCUGAUGACUCCCCAGACAUCAACAGGCCACAGAAUCGAUGUGAUGAUGAAGACCUCAUGCGGUUCAAGCGCAUCAACACACUUUAUAAGUUAAACAAAAAACUACAUUCACCAAAUAAAACGAUUGCCGAAAUAUUCAGUGCUGAAUCACUGAAUUCAGCUGCUCAAAGUUUAGAAGAAAAGAAACCAAAUUCUUCGUCAAGUAUUGAGAGACAUCGUUCAACAGAAUGCAUGAAAUCAAUUUGCAAAAGCAGAGAAACAACUUCAACAUUGGAAUUUGAUAGAUUAGAAGAUAAUCAACCUCUGGUAUUGGAGCAAGUAAAAUCGAUUGACAAAUGUGAUGGAGAAAUAUUGAACAGCAAUGAUAUUGCCUCGGAAUCGCAGCCUACUGCUAAUGUUGAUGUUGUCCAAAACAAUGAAGAGAAGAUUUUGCCAUACCCUCUGAUGCAAAGUGAUAGUGAAGAAAUUGAGGUAAAUGAAAUUAUAAGGCUUGAGACAGUCGAUGAGGAAACGGAGCCAUCAGUCAGUAAUAAAGCAGGCACUGAUUGUAAUAAAUCAAGCGAUCAAUCUGAAAAAUCUGAGAAGGAAAAAGAUGAUGAAAGCUACGAAGAUGAUUGGGAGAUUGAUCAGGAUGAUGCAUCGGUCAAUAAAGAAAAGGACGCAACUGAUGACAAACAAAACAUCGAUUAUGAGUCAAAGGAAGUUGAGUCACAUCAUUCGACGGAAGAACGACGUUCAUCCUCAUCCUCCUCAUCAUCACUUUCAGUCGUGUCGGAGAUUAAAAAUGAUGAUAACAAAUCAUCUAAAUCACAAGAUUCAAGUGGUGGCGAGACUUAUGUAAAGGAAAAAUCACCCUUCAACGUUUCAGAGAAUGAAAUAGAUCAGGGUGAACAUCUGAGAUUGAAUGAGAGUGUACUUGACGGAUUGAGUUUGAAACUUCAUUCGAAUAAAGAUGUUUUUACAGAAGAAAAUCAGAAAAUCUCUGAAAAUGUAGGACAAACUAUUGAAAACAAACAAGAAUCUGUAGAUGAAGUAUUAGUUGAAAGAAGUGAAUCUAAAACAUUCGAUGUGGUUGAAGUUGCCCAGGUUGAUAAGAAUAAUACAGUUACAAUAUCAUCAUCAGUAUCUUCUGAAAUUCUGCAAAACGAUAGCAAAUUAAAUUUAAACGCUGAAGAUUUCGCUGUCACCAAGAACACUAAUGGUAAUAAUUACUUGGUACCGUUAUCAGCUAGGAGCGGUACCACUGCAGAGAUGCGUGAUUCUGUUAAUAUUAAUACUGUGGAUUCACCUAGUGCUCGAAAACUUGAUUCAUGCGAAAUGGUGAAUGAAAAUAUGGGACGAUAUAAUAGAAACUGUAAUAAUAAUACUAUGCCACAAACUUCUUUCCAUUUAUCGAUUCCAGAGACAAUGAAUCAUUCUAAGAAUAAAAUCACAAUGACUUCUAAUUUUGAAAAUCAAGAGUUCAAAGUUGUAUUGGAGUUGAGUAAAAAUAAUUCAGGUGCUUUGAGUUCUGCAAAAUCAUCAAAUGAGUUGAAUGAUGGAGAACAGAGUCGUGUUCCAAUAGAUAACGAUAAAAGUUUUGAACGGAAAACCAGUAAAGCAGUGAAUACUGAAAAUAUUUCAGGGAAUGACUUGGGAACUUCCAUUAGAAGCCAAAGGUUGGAAGAUGCUGGUAAACCGAGAGAAGUUUCACAGCGAGCUGCUGAAGUAGUUUGUCAAGAAAGAGCUGAAGGAGCUAGUUCAGGUGUAGCUGAAGGGUUGGCUCAAAUAGUUGAACAACAAGUUGAUUGGCAAACAAAGUCUCACGAUCUUGCUCAGCUGAGAAACCGUAUUGAAGGCUUGGAGUCAACUUUGAACUCAACUGUUGGUGUUGUGCUGGAGAAAUUGAGCAGCGACUUGGCCAAACGACCUUCCACAUCAGGUAUGCAUGUUGGCGUUUCUUGCAAACUGGAUGAGAUCCGCUCCUCUCACUGUCAAACUGACGAUUUUCAACUAAUAAAAGCUACGGAAAGUAAUCUGCUACAUACAACAACGGAGGAUCAGCCUAUGCCAAAAACAUCAUUGGUGGAUGAAAUCAAUAAGAUAUUCAAUGUAAAUCGAGGAGUUGCUGUGGAGAAAUUCAAGAAACCAGUGGAAAUUUCAGCAACGAAUAAGAAUUGUCAUCAAAGGAAAUAUCGAACGCAAUCAUCCAGCUCACAGUCUUCAUCUUUGGUAUCCAUCCCACGUUUGUCUGGAAGUGAAGAGAAAUCGCAAUCAGAAUUAUCUGAAGGUGAAGUUGGAAUGGAUGCCGCCAUUUGUUCUUGCAGCUUUGGCGAGAUAAAAAUGUCUGGUUGCUCUAGAUGUGGAACUUACGGUGUGAAAAAGUUGAGCAUGAAACGAUCCUACCCGAAUUUGCAGAAAAGUGAUGGUGAGGUGAGCGUUAGACAUGCACAGAGAACAUCUUCGGACUGCAGUGGGUCUCAGAGUGUGGAUUCCUGCACAAAAAUAAGCCUUGAUAUGAGAAGAGUGUUCAAGUUCAAAUCUAAAUCACUAUCCCAGAGUAGAGUGUCUGCUUCUAAGAGUUUUACAAAUGUGGUGGAGAAUAUCUUGGAUGAGUUGAAAAGGGAGAAAAUGGAAGCCAGAAUGAAAUUCAAGAGAUCACAAGAGAAUUUUGAUGCGCAGUUUCUAAAGCACUGUGAGUGCUUGAGAAGAAGUACCAGUGAUAUGUCUCUUAAGAUGACUGCUUCCGUUGUAAAUCAUGCAGCUAAAAGUGGUACUCAGUACCAUUCUCCUAGAAAUAAAGUGCUUCAGUAUCAACCUAGUGAAUUUGGUGAGGAAAAUUAUUAUCAGACAGAAAAACCACAAUUUCUUACUAAAAGCCGUCAAAAUGAUAAGCCACAUUCAACUGUUGUAAUCUCAGAUGAGUCUGGGGAUUCAGAGGUGGCGAUUGAAAAACUGCAGGAGCUUGAUUCUAGCUCUCUUUUCCGUUUGAUCAGGAAACGCAAAGGUCGUCAAUCUCAUGCUAAUCUUGAUCAAGGCAUUGAAAGCGAUAACAACUUAUCAAACAAUGGAGAUGGAGGUAAAUCGAAGUUAAAUGUAUCUACUGGAAAAUCAUAUGGGGAAACCGGAGUUGAAAACCCCGAUCUUAAUGAAAUUGGAUCAUCGAGUGGAGUGAAAAGUGUAGAGGACGUAUUGAAAACAUUUUUCAGUUCAACUAAUUCUUUAGAGCAGGAGCUUGGAAGGACUGAGCUAUUGAAACAGCAUACAUGUUCACAUAAAGAAUCCUCGCUUAUCAGAACGAGAAACGACCUGCUCGACUCAGACAGCUGCAAUUCUACCAUAAUUUCCAAUACCUCAGAUGACCGUGAUCGUAGCGAAGGACAAAUCUGAUAUCGUUGACUAAUGUACCUGGAAUCAAAAUAGAAUAGUGGGCUGUUUCCUAUUUAGUAUCCACUUAAGUAAUUACUGUUUGAUUUUUUCUUCUAAUUAUAUUGCAAUUAAUAUUUAGUA